AUGGUAAAGUUCUGGCGCGCCCGUGACUCAAGUCUUGACGAUUUAAAGCCACCGCGGUGGGAUCUCUCCGACCUUCCCCGAUUCGAAAAAGUGUUCUACAGAGAACAUCCUGCUGUCACUAAUCGCCCCCAGGAAGAGGUUGAUAAGUUCCGAGAUGAAAAUCGCAUGACCCUAAGUGGUCGAGAUGUACCUCGACCAAUCUUCGGUUUCAAUGAGGUCGGUCUACCCUCUUACAUUGUCAGCGCGUUCCAGCGUGCCGGUUGGGCCACUCCGACUCCCAUACAAUCACAGGGAUGGCCAAUGGUGCUCAGUGGUCGGGAUGUAGUUGGUAUUGCACAAACGGGCUCUGGUAAGACGGCUUGCUACCUGGUUCCUGCGUUGGUUCACAUCGAGGCCCAGCCGCGUCUCCUCAGAGAUGAUGGUCCCAUUUGCUUGGUUCUCGUACCAACUAGGGAAUUGGCGCAGCAGGUUAUUCAAGUUGCGGAACAAUUUUGCAGUGCGGCGAGGCUUAGAACCGUCUGCCUCUACGGUGGUGCUCCAAAAGGUCCCCAACAUCGCGACCUUCUAAGGGGUGCUGAAGUGUGUGUGGCUACUCCUGGUCGUCUUAUUGAUUUCCUCAAAACUAGAGCAUGCACAUACCUUGUCUUGGAUGAAGCCGACAGAAUGCUGGAUAUGGGUUUCGAGCCUCAAAUCCGUAAAAUCGUCGAACAGACUCGUCCUGAUCGUCAGACUGUGAUGUGGUCUGCCACAUGGCCACGUGAAGUUCAGAGUCUCGCCCGUAGCUUUUUGAAAGACUACAUUCAGGUCAAUAUUGGAUCCACUUCGCUCCACGCGAACCCCAAUAUCACUCAGAUAGUUGAGGUGAUUGAGGACUACGACAAAGAUCAGAAGCUCAUAGGUCUGAUUAAGUCAUUCAACGGUCUUCGGUGCUUGGUCUUCGUUGAAACCAAGAAAAAGUCCGACCAGAUUGCAUUUUUCCUUAAAAGAAACGGGAUCCGCGCCGCAGCAAUGCACGGGGAUAAGGUUCAAAGAGAGCGUGACGCUACCCUCGAUGCCUUUAGACGGGACCAUAUUACUGCUCUUGUUGCCACUGAUGUUGCAUCCCGUGGUUUGGAUAUUGAUGAUAUUGAAUACGUGAUUAAUUAUGAUUUCCCCAAUCAGACUGAGGAUUAUAUUCAUCGCAUCGGUCGAACUGCCAGAAGCAACAAGAAGGGGACCGCAUUUACCUUCUUUACACCUAAAAACUAUAAACAGGCUGGUGACCUCGUAGACAUAUUGGAGGAGGCUGGGCAGCAAGUGAAUCCCGAGCUUCUGCGCAUGGCUGGCGGUAGCUGCCGCUUCAGAGGUCGAAAUGAUCGCAGCACCAGCCGCUUUGCCCCCCGAAGUGGCCAUUCAGGACGAACGGGUGGUAGCUAUACGAAUCAUAGUGCUCAGAGUGGACAUUCCUCCUACAGAACCCAUGAUUCGUAUUCAGCACGCAAUGGCGGUUCGAGUUAUAACGCUAGCCUUUCGAAACCCGAGAACCGGUACCAAGAUAGGAUCACGCCACAAUCAUCUGCUUCACAGGCACCUAUUCCUAAUCUGGGAGAGAAGCGAAAUUACUCACAGACUUCCCUCAGUAGUACCAGCUCUUACCAUCAGCUUCCAAAAAUAAGCAAGUCUAGCUGGGGUGACAGCGCGGCACAACCCGCUUACUCGCAAGCGGUACCCCAGGUUUCAUCUGCACCCCAGGGUGUUCAAACUAACGGCUGGAACAAUCCGUCCCAGUCAUGGGGGAAGAAUAGUCUCCCAGCUCUUCUUUCAGCUACGAAUCAGGUGCCCAAUAAUAAUCAAUGGUCCAAUAGCAACGCCUAUGCCCCGGCCCCAUUGUCGUCACAAAUCGCAGCUGUGGCUGCGAAAUCAAUCCCUGACUACAGUCAGAUUCCCCCUCCUACACUUCCAUCCUCGGGUAAAGUUGCACCCGUUUACCACACCCCGCUCCCACCACUACCACCCCCUGUGGCCUCUCAGCCAGCUAAACCGGCUGCCUACAUACCGCAACCGCCCAAGCCAUCAUCUAGCUACGUUCCUCAGCCACCAACAUCGUCUGGUUACACGCCAUAUGUGAGCCAGGCUCCACCGACGUACCCCCAGCUACCACCACAAACUUGGUCUCAAGGCUCGUGGCCAACAUCACAGCAGUGGGUUGACGGGGUUGUAGUUAAUGGUAUCUGGUCACGAGCCUGCCUCCCAUCGGACCGACUGAUUCAGUUUGCGAUUGCGUUUCACCGCAGCAGUCGGGAUCUCUGGGUUGGAAGCAGUCAACUUCUCUUCCGCACUUGCCACUUUGUGCUCUGGGCGAUGGAGCAUGUAGUGUGA